GCGAUCUUCACCGCUCAUUCCAGCGCGGAGGCAGCACCGAGAGCCAGCAGCAUGCUCUCCCUCCUGCGCACCGCCGCCUCGCUCGCCCGACCACAAUGGGCCGCGCCCUCCUCCUCUCUCCUCCGCGCCGGCCUGCGCCCUGACGCCUCCCUCCUCCGCACCUUCCACGCCUCCGCGCCCUCGCAGAGGACGCUCAACCAGUCGAUGCGCUCGAAGCCGCCGCAGCGCAAGCCCCGUCCAACGGCGCCGCUCCUCGAGAACAACCCGCAGCGGAAGGGCGUCGUCAGCGGGAUGAUGAUCAUGAAGCCGAAGAAGCCAAACUCCGCGAAGCGCAAGGUCGCCCGCGUGAAGCUCUCGAACGGAAACGUCGUCCAUGCAUACCUCAUGGGAGAGGGCGCGUUGCUCCAGGAUCACUCCGUCGUCCUUGUUAGGGGUGGUCGAGCACAGGAUUUGCCCGGUGUGCGGUAUAAGGUUGUCCGAGGAGCGCAUGACUUCGGACCUGUAGUCAAUAGGAGGACCGCGAGGAGCAAAUACGGAGUCAAGAAACCAAAGAAAUAGACUUAGACAUAGUUCUUCGUGUCAUCCGCGGCCGGACUCAUCGCAUGUACCGUACCCGUUCUUGCUGUCGCUCUCCUAUCAUACACUCAGCUACAUCCAUCCAC